AUGAAACACGCCUUUAAUCCAGACCGUGAUGUGGAGGGCACACCUUUAGUGUGGAUCACACCAUCUGGAAUCAUCAAGUCACAAGAGAGAUACUUGACUGAGAAAGUUGAAUUUUUUGAGGAGUCUCAACAGAAUGGCUUCCAGCACAACAACUCCUUUAAACCCCAGUCACCAGAAAGUGGCCUUGUAUUAGACAACAGGAACUCCCUUCCAAGCCAGGAUACUUCUCUACAGUGGGAAGAAGAUAUCUGUAACUUCUCAACUGCUCAGCUCAACUUUCCCACAAAUGACAAUGGUUACUGUGCAAAGCAGGAACUGCAAGCAAUGUGGAAGUGGUUUACCUCCUGGUUGAAGCCAGAAAAGCGUAGCAAGGAGCAGAUGAUUUCUCAGCUGGUCUUGGCUGAGUUUCUCAAAACUGGGCACUACAAGGACAAGUCUGUCUUGAAAGAGAAGUGGGAAUCAAAUGGCAGAAACCUGGGGAGAUUCAUGGAGGAUCUGACUGAUGAGUGCUUGAAGCCUCCCAUCAUGGUUCACACCUCCAUGCAGGGGCAGGAAGCCCUCUUUUCUAAGAACAUGUCUUUAGAAGAAACCAUCAACCUUCUGAAAGAGCAGCAAUCAGCAAGAAGACAUGAAGACUGGGAAGAUAGCCAAAACAAUGGCUGGAGUAAUAGUGAUGUAAAUGAUGGGGAUAGUCGUCCUGGAAAUGAGAUGGACUUCCUUUCCCUUAUCCAACAAGUUCAGUUUAAUGAACCUAAAGACAGAAGUGUUUCUGAUGGAAAUCCUCUGGAUUUAAGCAGAACAAGUCAAGUCACCUCUAGGUACCAGGAAGAAUUUCAUAGAGGAACUUCUUCUGAAGAUGUUCCUAUGGAGGUACAACCAGAGAUUACUUCCAGUCCAGAGCAGACAGAAGACUGCCAGAAUCCUGAUGCAAGCUCCACACGUGGGGGUCGUCAAAAGAGACCCCUCAGAGACUCAAAGACAUACAAAUGUGAGGAAUGUCCCAGAACCUUUCAAUAUCCCAGUAGACUUGCCGCCCACCAGAGAAUACACAAGAAGCAAAAGUCAUUUGUCUGUAAAACAUGUCAUAAGGGCUUCUAUACUCGCUCAGACCUGAGAGUACAUAAGGUCAUACACCAGGAAAAUAAACCUUUCGAAUGUAGUACAUGUGGAAAGUCUUUCAGCAAUCAAACCAAUCUGAAAGCUCAUGAGAGGAUUCACACAGGAGAGAAGCCCUACACCUGCUCCCUGUGUAACCGUAGCUUCCGCCAGUCAUCCACAUACCACCGUCACCGGAGGAAUUGCCACAAAGCAGACUGA